AUGGGAACAUGGAAGAAGAAGAGCAGUUAUAAGAACAAAUUCAGCUACAUUUCACAGAUCAUAAACUCUGUUUCUUCAUCAUCUCUACACUCUUUUCUCGAUUCUCCAGAUAAUAACAAAUCUUCAAAGAAGAACACAAGCAAGUUCCUCAGAAACCCAAAGCUAUGGGCUUUCUUUCUCUUUUCACUCUCUGUUUUAGGGAUUUUAUUAAGACUUGGUCUUUGUCUUUCUCCUCUCUUGCAAGAAAGUCAACUCCAAAGCUCGGAUUCAUCAAAUGGGUCACCUAAAUCCCAUCUGGGUUUUGCGUAUACACGAUCAAACAUUACUCAAGCUGAGAUUUCGAUUGCAAAGGAUCGAUCUUUGGAUAGGAUUUUGAAGAAAAAUGAAACCUUUGGUGGUGAAUCGAAGUUGGUUGGAAAUGGACAUGUUUGGGAUGAUAAGAAUGAGUUCUGGAAACAACCUGAUGGAUUAGGUUACAAGCCAUGCUUGGAUUUCAGCAUUGAGUACAGAAGAGAGACUAAGAAGAUUGCUAGAGAGAAGAGAAAGUAUCUUAUGGUUGUUGUCUCUGGUGGGAUGAAUCAGCAGAAGAAUCAGAUUGUUGAUGCAGUUGUGAUUUCGAGGAUUCUAGGUGCUAUUCUUGUUGUUCCAAUAUUGCAAAUUAAUCUCAUUUGGGGUGAUGAAAGUGAGUUCUCAGAUAUAUUUGAUUUAGAACAAUUCAAGAGUGUUUUAGCAAAUGAUGUGAAGAUUGUUUCGAUGCUUCCAGCGAGCAAAGUAAUGACUAGACCAUCAGAAGAUGGUGGUAUGCCUUUUCAAGCUUCCCCUCAAUGGAUCCGUUCGCACUAUCUAAAGCGCUUCAACAAGGAUGGAGUUCUGCUUUUAAAGAGAUUCGAUUCAAGAUUGUCUAAAGACUUACCCUCUGAUCUCCAGAAGCUCCGUUGUAAGGCAGCAUUUGAAGCACUGAAGUUUUCGCCACGGGUUCUGGAGAUAGGGAAGAAGCUUGCAGAGAGGAUGAGGAGCAAAGGGCCAUACAUUGCGCUUCAUCUUCGAUUGGAGAAAGAUGUGUGGGUGAGAACAGGCUGCCUUUCUGGUUUGAGCUCAAAGUAUGAAGAGAUUGUAAACAUAGAACGGAUUAAGCGUCCCGAACUCUUAACAGCUAAAUCUAGUAUGACAUCAGACGAGAGGAAGCUCGCCGGUCUCUGUCCAUUAAAUGCCAAGGAAGUAACAAGGCUGCUUAGAGCACUAGGAGCACCAAGAGAUGCGAGGAUUUAUUGGGCGGGAGGCGAACCACUUGGCGGAAAAGAAGCUUUGAAACCAUUAACAAGUGAAUUCCCACACCUCUACAACAAACACGAUAUUGCGUUACCCCUUGAACUCAAACCUUUUGCAAAACGAGCUUCGAUAAUGGCAUCGAUUGACUAUAUCGUGUGCAAGGAGAGUGAUGUGUUUAUGGCGUCUCAUGGAGGGAACAUGGGACACACGAUUCAGGGUCACAGGGCUUAUAAUGGACACAUGAAGAUUAUAAUACCAAACAAAAGGCAAAUGCUCCCUUACUUUUUGAACACAACAAUUACUGAAACAGAGUUUACGACGAUGAUAAAGAAAUUACACAGACAAUCUCUAGGUCAGCCAGAACUAAGGAUAAGCAAAGCUGGAAGAGAUGUUACAAAGUAUCCUGUUCCUGAGUGUAUGUGCAAUCAAUCCAAUUCCACUAUUUGA